ACAAUGUUCAACAAAUCAAUGAAAGCCAUAACGUGCAAAAUUUCGCCCAAGUCUUAGCAACUUUGAAGCAUGUCGCGGUGCAGUGCAUACGAAUUGAUAGCCAGUACCUCGCCAGGAUUACCGCAGCAUAUACCACAAGAGGCGAAAAUCAUGGCCCAUUGAAUGAAUGACAGUGUGAGACCGUAAGACGCGAGAAGACGUGAAGACCAAAAAAAGCAAAGCCCAAUCAAAGGAAGCAAGUGAUGGCCUCUUCCUCUUCAUCUGCGCGUGUGAACAACAAAGCUACAUCUUCUGCUCCUCCUGCUGCCGCUGCUGCUUCUUUUUCUUCUGCUCCAGUUCCGUCGCUGGGUGAUUUAAUUGGUCACCAGCUGCGACAACUCAAGCUGGAGGAGCUCCACUAUACAGAUGAACUGCAAUUCAUUCAGAUUUUAACGCCAGUGAAACGGCAAAAACUCAAUCGGGAGGCUGAUGGGGAUGUACAGAAGGAUGGUUGCAAUGGUGGCGGAGACACUGUGGUCGCAUUGGCGCCACUUUCUAGGCCGGAGUAUGGCGGGGAAGAAGAUGACGAUCUAAUUGGGGCGGUGGGUGGUUUCAGUGUUUCAUCCCCAACAUCAACACCAGCAACGACAACGACGAAGGAACCGCUGUUGGAUUUUAGAACGCAUGUACUCAAAUGGUUUCAAAAUCUACGCCACCAAACGGGCCACUUCAAGUCCGAGGAGGAGUCGCGUCGACUGCGCGAGGCCGGGAAUGAUUCAUACCGCAAGGAGAAGCAUCCGCUCAAGGCCAGCGAUCUGUUCACAGAGGCCAUCUUCCUAGCCCCGGCAAGGAACACGCUGGCCGCUGCCCUGGCCCAUGCCAAUCGCUCACUGGUUCUGUACGAUUGUGGUCUGUAUGCUGAAUCCUAUGAUGACUGUCUGUGUUCUCUGGAUUUGGGCUUUCCGGAGGAGUAUUUGCCAUUGAUAAAGCUCCGACAAGCCGCCUGUGCCUUAAAACUACGCAAUUUUACGCUCUGCGAGGAGCAUCUCCACGAGCUCCUGCACAUUGAACUGAACCAGGUCUUCGAGACGCGCACCCACGAGCUCUGGCACCAGUGCGAGGUGCUCAAGGUGGAGCGUUUCGAGAUGGCUGUGCAAACGGGCGAUGAUCUGGAAACCAACGACAUGAAAGCCUUUGAAAUUGCCUGGUUGGACAACUCCUCGUCGCUGCAUAGCACCCGUGCUCUGGCCAGGAAUUCCCUCAUCUUCGAGUCUGAGGCGGUAGCCAUGGUGCCGAGUGGCAAUUGUCGGGUGUGUGAUUGUUGUGGCAUCACUCAGUUCAUUCCUUUUCCUUGCAUUUACUGCUCCAACCGCCUGGUUGUCUACUGCUCUCGCCAGUGUCGCUUCAAGCACGCUGCCAUUCAUGCCGUGGAGUGUUUUGGGCACCAAAUAGAACUGUUCGAGUCCUUUGGAGAGGUGUUUGGCAUGCCGCGUUUGCUGCAGUUGGCAUUGCGACUGCUGAUUACGGGACUGCCAGAGAUGCUGGCGCACUGCCGCAAAAAGCCGACCCUCAGCAAGCUAUGGUCAUGCAUCAAUGGCGCCUUGUUGGAGCGACAGGAUAUUGGCUACAGCUCUGUGCUGCGACUGGAGAGGCUUGAAGAAGAGCACUCCUCGGAGACUCUGAUUUCCCUGGCACUGGCAGCGCACAUUCUGGCCAUUUACCUGAGCAAAUGCACGACGUUCUUCGAUCAGCUGGAGAAGAGCCUGCCCUCCGCCUCCCGCAUGUCGAGUGCCGAGUGGGAGCUGCUGUGUGCGGCGCUUUUGAUGCGCCACAUCAGUCAGCUUCGCCAUCGUUCGCUAACACACUGCCGCUCCUUUGUGCUGCCCACGGAUCCUCAUGUGUUCUCGCCCCUCAAUGAGUUCCAGCUGUGGGCAGCGCCCAUGCGGCUGCAGGAGGGCCAUCUGCAUCUGCUGGCCGGCGAGGUGGCGGUCGUGGCCUAUGCCGUCUAUCCAGAGACACUGAGUCUCUGUCGCCACAGUUGUUCCUCCACCAUCUGCAGCAAGUUCUCGGGGCGAAAGCUGACUGCAUUGGCACUGCUGGACCUGCCGGCGGGAUCGGGCAUAUAUAAUUGUUUUGCCAGCGGCAAUUACCAGCAGUUGCGUCAGGGAGAACGCAGCAAAGAGCUGGAAGAACACGGCAUCAAGUGCUACUGCAGUGCCUGCCAGCUGUCCCAUACGGAUGAUCAGUUCUACAAGUUCCAUCGCUAUCGUUGUGAUAAUCCCAAAUGCAUGGAGAUCUUCACGCCCCAUGCCCUUCCCCAUGCACCGAACCUACGCUGGUGGCUGUCCGAGGAGUACACCCAGCCGGAAUACAACGGCGCCGAGCUGAUUGUGUGUCCGCACUGUGACCAGGCGCAGAAACUGGAGUGGUUCUGGUCCUUCAAUACAUCCCUCAUUGACUGCGAGCUGAUCGAGGAGCGCUGCAAGCUGUAUGCCGCUAUUGAGCGUGCCGAGAGCCAGCUGAUGGAGUUGCACGAGUGCAAGGUGGCACUGGCCCGGCUUCUGCUAGAGCAGUGCCUGAUGGUGCAUCGUGAGGGGGCCACCGUCCUGGAUGACUGGGAGUUCAAUAAGCUGGGAUCCAUUAUGCGCGCCGUGCUGCCUGCUGUGGUGGCCCAAUACGGCGGGCAGUCGAUCGAGUAUGUGCAAUACUUUGCCUACUUCUGGGAUGUGAUGGCAUUGAGCAACUACAAGUGUAACGAUCGGGAAUUGAUGCAGAUGCUGAAUGCGCUGGAGUUCAUAGCCGAUGAAUUCAAGGAUAUAUUCAUCAACUACUACGAGGAUUAUAUUUCGCCCAAAUAUGCUGAAAAGUCCUAUGGCAGUGUUGUAGAUACACAGGUCUAGAACACAACACAGAAAUUAAUAGAAAGAAAGAAGCAAAAAGAAAAACGAGAACCCAAAACCAUAACUUAACUUAAAACUAUUUUAUUCUGUAGAGCAAACCACAACAAGAAACACACAAAACCCGAAAACAAAUUCUAGGAAGGUACUACUGUUGAUCCAUAAAAUAUAGAUAUUAUUAUAUAUACUUUGUGCUAUUAUUCAAAAAAUGGUGCUGAGAUAUUAAAUUGUACGCAACGAAUGUAACAUUCAUUUAGGUGAUUAAGUAAAUGACAUACAAUUUUACGAAUCAAAAAACAGAAUAAAAGUGGAGAAAUCAUUUUUAGUAGAG